AUGACAUCAAGUGCAGUUGUUGAUACAGAAUUAACUGUUGAUCCAGUAGAGCAAGCUAAAGAACAUCUUGAAACAUCGAUUGUUAAUGUCGAUAAUGAAAAUGAAGAAUUAUUAGGAAGUGAUCGAUUUCAACAACGUCUUGAACGCUUUGGAACAAUAGCACCUGAAGCAAAGAAAAUUUCACGUGCAUUACGUUUUGGUAUACCACAUGAAACCAUUGAUAAUGAGACUAAGAAAAGACGUUUAGAAAGAUUUGGUACUUUGCCUGAUUCAACUGAAAAUGAACAAGAAAAGAAACGUCAACGAGCUGAACGUUUUAAUGUAAAUAGUCCAACAGUCACUAUCGAUGAAGAAACCAAACAAAAACGUAUCGAUCGUUUUGGUGUCGUUACACCAUCGAGUGCUGUGUCGACAAAAAAUAAAAUUGAUAGGAAAUCUUUACCAACAACUGAAGUGGUAUCAGAUGCAAUCAAAAAAAGAACUGAACGUUUCGGUGAUGUAGCAGAUGUUGCUAAAGCAAAUACAUUAAAUGAACAAAAAGCUAAACGUGCAGAACGAUUCAAGCCAAUAACAAGUGUUUAA